AUGAGCCGUUUCGGGGGCCGCACGCGCGAGUACCCAGCGCUGUCCAUCGACCGCUUCGAUCACGACAACCUGCGCGCGCGGGCCUUCUUCCUGUCGCACUGCCACAAGGGUGAGGGCCCGCCGGGAGGCGCCCCCGCGCGUCCCUCCGCCCGCCUUCUGUCCCUCCCCCUGUGCCUCCCUCCCCCUGUCCGUUGUCCCCGCCCCGCGUGUCCCUCGGCUGACCCCGUGCCUCUCUCCCCAGAUCACAUGAUGGGGCUGCGGGCGACCGCCCUGAAGAGGCGGCUGGAGGGCAGGCUGAAGAACCCCCAGGUUGCAUUGGAAGUUGAAACACCAACUCAGAUUUCUUUAGAAGAUGAAACAUCUGGUGAGAAAGAAGAUGUAGUGGUGACACUUCUGCCAGCUGGUCACUGUCCAGGUUCAGUCAUGUUUCUGUUUGAAGGUGAGAAUGGCACUGUGUUGUACACAGGGGAUUUCAGGCUUGCAAAAGGAGAAGCAGCCAGAAUGGAGCUUUUGCAUUCAGGGACCAGGGUAAAAGACAUCCAGAGUGUGUAUUUGGACACCACUUUUUGUGAUCCCAAAUUUUAUCACAUACCAAGCCGGGAGGAAUGUUUAAAUGGGAUCUUGGAGUUAGUGCGAAGCUGGACCUCACUGUCUCGUAAUCAUGUUGUGUGGCUGAACUGCAAAGCUGCCUAUGGAUAUGAGUAUUUAUUCAUAAACCUCAGCAAGGAACUUGGAAUCAAGGUGCACACGAACAAACUUGAUAUGUUCAGGAACAUGCCAGAAAUCCUGUGCCACGUUACCACAGACCAGCGCACGCAGAUUCACGCCUGUCGGCAUCCUCGGGAUGAUGACUGCUUCCGAGGGAACAGACUGCCCUGUGGGAUGACUUGCCUCAAUGGAACUCCCCUGCAAGUGAUCAGCAUCAAACCCUCCACAAUGUGGUUUGGGGAAAGGAAGAAGAAAACCAAUGUAAUAGUGAGGACUGGGGAGAGAACCUACAGAGCUUGUUUCUCUUUCCACUCUUCAUACAGUGAGAUCAAGGAUUUCCUGAGCUAUAUCUGUCCUGUGAACGUGUAUCCCAAUGUACUGCCAGUGGGUGGGACAGAGGACAAAGUUAUGGAAAUAUUAAAGCCAUUAUGCAGGUCAUACAGGAGAAUCAUGGAACCCAGGUACAAGCCCUUAGGAACCCUGAAGAGAGCCCACAAGAGAGAAUUAUCUGAUACAGAUGAAGAUGAUCUCUUUGAUUCAGAAUUAAUUUCUUCAAGGCCUAAGAUUCCAAAAGAGCAGAGAGAGGAGUGCAGGCCCUCCAGCACAGGACAGGCUGAAAACUCUGAAGGAAACAUUAAUGAGAGCACAGAAAGUUACAAAGGGACCACAACUUACACCUCCCUCAAGGUAGACUUUGUGGACUGUGAAGAAUCAAAUGAUGAUGAUGAUGAAGAUGACGAAGAUGAUGAUGAAAAAAAUACAGUUCAAUUUCUUUCCCAGGAGCCAGAUGCCACUUCCACAGCCAAUUUCAAUGGAGUAACUAGUGACCAGCAGGAGUCUAAUGCCAGUGUCCCUUGCUGGGAUGAAUUUUUUACAGGUAAUAAACUAGAGGAGAGCUCUGAAAAUGAGGAUCACCUCCCAUCUUCAGCAGAUGCUGGUGGGUCCCAGUCACUCUUCAGCGAUUCAGAUGGAGUGAGUGACUCAACACACAUCUCCUCCCAAAAUUCUUCUCAGUCAACACAUAUAUCAGAGCAGGGGAGCCAGGGCUGGGACAGCCAAAUGGACACAGUGCUCAUCACCUCCCAGGAGAGAAGUGCCCUGGAGCUCAGCACAGGUGGGAGCAGAGCAGUGGUUCCUGUGCUGCAGGAGAGUCCCAGGGACACUCAGCUGGACAGCAGCAGGGGGCAGCCACCAGGUGAGGACAGACCUUGUGCCCACGAUGGUGCCUGUGGCUUGGAAAGCAAUGGCUGUGAGAAAGCUGCAGAAGAUGGCACUGCCCACAUUCUGGAUGUGCUGGCAGAAAUAAGUGACAGCUCCAGGACUCCUGAUCUGGAGCUGAGGAGGGACUCCCAGAGCUCCUCUGACUUUGAAAUUCCCUUGACUCCUGGUGCUGAAGCGCCUCAGCCAGAUAAACUGCACCAUUUAUACAAGAAGCUUGCAGCAGGUGAAAACAUAAUCGUGAGAAAAAAGUCUCCUGAGAACAGGUAUAACUGAUUACCUUGUGGUAAUGCCCAGCAUGUCUAUUAAUACCUGAAUUAUUUUUCUCUUUCCUGCUGAUUACUGUCUGCAGUUAUGCUGAGUCAUGCUUAAUUCAGAAGUAUCUUACUGUCAGAACCAGGACUUUGCAGCCUGUGUACCUUUACUGUUCCUUCCAUGAAAUACUGAAAAGGAAGUAUUCCCAGGAGGGACAGUAAAAGCCUUCUACCUCCCAAGGUUCAGUUCUCCAGGACUGUAAGUAGACAAAAAAUGGACCAGACAAAACUAAGAAUAGUACACUAAAUGAAAUUUAGUGUUUAUCAUGA